ACGAAAAGCGGCAACUGUAGAUACCAUCUCUCUCUAUUUGGCCACUCCCUCGUCAAACUAUGUCGACACUCUCUCUUAAUGCCAAUGAAAUUUCCAUCAAUUCUCUCUCCCUUUCUCAUUUAUUCUUUUAUCUAAGCUCUGUUACUUGGCGCACGAUAAGAUCAUCCUCGGACGAGCUUCGCUUUAUGGACUUUACACAUACGAUUGGGAUUUGAGUUCUUUUCAAAACCCUCAUUAUUUAUAUGCGUAGGAACCCAUUCGUGAUUCAUUAUCAAUGUUUUUCUUUGAGGAUCUCUGGGAGUUGCUUUGCCUCGACCGUUUCAGAUUAAAGACUCGAGCUUUCUCAGACUCUUUAAUUCAGGGAAUUUCCGAACCUAUGACGAACACGAAGUGCCUAUCCUCCGAAAUUGAAGCUUGCCGAGACGACUCGGCCGCACUCGUCCUCAAACUCAUUGCCAUCGCCUCUAUUCUUCUCGCUGGCAUAGUUGGCAUCGCUAUCCCUCUCAUUGGAAAGCAACGCCGUUUCCUUCGUACAGACGGCAGCCUCUUUGUUGCUGCAAAGUCCUUCGCGGCUGGCGUGAUUCUCGCCACCGGCUUUGUUCAUAUGCUCUCUGGUGGAUCCGAGGCCCUCACGAAUCCUUGCCUGCCCAAGUACCCAUGGUCCAAGUUCCCAUUUUCAGGUUUUUUUGCUAUGGUGGCUUCGUUAUUGACUCUGCUUGUGGAUUUUGUGGGCACUCAAUAUUACGAAAGAAAGCAGGGCCUGAACAGGGCAAGUGAGGAGCAAGCAAGGGUUGGCUCGGAUGAUGCUGUUUCUGAAUCGGGUAUUGUCCCUUUCGCUGGUGCGAAAGAACCCAAUGGACCUAAUGGAAAGGUGUUUGGGGAAGAGGAAGGCGGUGGGAUGCACAUUGUGGGGAUGCACGCGCAUGCGGCGCACCACAGACACAAUCAUCCUCACGGGCAGGACGCAUGUGAUGGGCACAAGCACGGGCAAGGGCAUGGUCACGGUCACAGUCAUGGACAUGGACAUGGGCAUGGUCAUGGAUUUAGUGAGGGUGACGAGGAGAGUGGUGUACGACAUGUCGUAGUCUCGCAGAUACUGGAACUUGGGAUUGUUUCUCAUUCUGUCAUUAUUGGAUUAUCACUGGGAGUUUCACAGAGCCCAUGCACUAUAAGACCCUUAAUAGCAGCAUUAUCAUUUCAUCAAUUCUUUGAAGGGUUUGCUCUUGGGGGCUGCAUCUUGCAGGCACAGUUCAAGACCCUGUCAACUGCACUAAUGGCUUGCUUUUUCGCCAUAACAACUCCUGCUGGAAUUGGAAUUGGGACAGGCAUCUCUUCAUUUUACAAUGCACACAGCUCGGGAGCUCUAAUUGCCGAAGGCAUUUUAGAUUCCCUGUCUGCUGGAAUUCUUGUUUACAUGGCUUUGGUGGACCUGAUAGCUGCUGAUUUUCUAAGUAAGAGGAUGAGCUGCAAUUUUAGGCUUCAAGUAGUGUCUUAUUUCAUGCUCUUUCUUGGAGCAGGAUUGAUGGCUUCACUUGCAAUCUGGGCUUAGGUUAUUCUUUUCUUCUUCUUUUUUUUCUCUUUUUAGGUGUUUAGUAAUGAAUGAGAACAUGCAAAAAUUCGUUAAAUUCAUAAGUUUUUGUAUUGUGUUCAGGAGAGAAAGGGAAAUUAGGAAGGCGAUGAACUGUUGUUGUAGUCUUCAUAUUGUAGUUUCUCUUGAAAAAAAUCCUUCCCAAAAAAAAAAAGAAA